AUGAACAGAGAUGGUAUUCAUUUCUCUUUGCAGGAAUCCAUGACAGUUGAAAAGGCCUCAAUCUCGGUCAGAUUCACCCGCGCGAGAGCAGCGUUGGAUGUGGAGGAGAAGGCGGCUUUAGAGCAAGUGGAGAAGAAAGGGCACAAGCUGCUGUCCCAGAUCGAGAAGGAGAUCGCUCGCUACCAGCGCGAGAUCAGCGAGCUCCAGGCAGCAGCCACUCGCCUGCAGGCCCUAGCGCAGGAGAGGGACUCGCUCGCGUUCCUGCAGGGGCACCUGGAGGAGACUUGCAGGACAGGGAGGGUUACAGCAGAUCCACCCUCAGCUCCCACCCAAGAGGACAUUGCCUCACUGAAAGUCCUGGAGACAACUGGAGUCAAACUCCUGUACGGAUGCUCACCGACUCUGGACACAAACUCAGCUCAUAACUACCUCCAGAUCUCCUCGGAUCUCAGGACGAUGACGCUGACCGGUGGCGCCCAGGGUCGCCCCUAUCACCUACACCGGUUUAAUAGCUUUGCACAAGCCCUGUGCUGUGAGAGCUUCUCGUCGGGCCACCACUACUGGGAGGUGGACGUGGGGGACGUGGAGUGGUGGCGGGUGGGAUUUGUGUACGGGACGAUCCCACGGAAAGGGAGUGGUGCUGCACAGCGGCUGGGAGGGAGCAACGCGUCCUGGUGUUUAGAGAAAUGUGAUGACAACUUCUCAGUGUUUCAUGGUGGAGUGAAGACUGCACUGUCGGUGAGGGGGGCCCCCUCCCCCUGCAGAAUCGGUCUUCACCUGCACUGGGAGGGGGGGCUCCUGGCGUUUCACCGCGCCGACUCCAUGGAGGUGAUCCACGAGGUUAGGCAGAGAUUCUUGCAGCCUCUCUACCCUGGGAUGUGGGUGUGGCGUUUUAAUGAACCAUUGAAGAUCGUGGAUCUGAAUCGUGCAUCCUGAGGAUGAGGAUAGAUAGAAACCCAAUAAAUCGAGACAGAAACCCAAGAAACCGAGACAGAAACCCAAGAAACAGAAGAGAGGGGGGAUAGUGAAGAGAGGGCGAAGUGAUAGUGAGGGGAAGGUGGAACGGAGGGUGAG